AUGCCCUCCCUCCCUGUUGAUGCUGGGCUCGGUACUGCUGCCGUAGACAAAGACGACUCCCUCUCCCAAUCCGUCCCAGUGCCUCAAGUUCACACCCCUCCCACCACCGACGAAGCGAGCCAUAAAGACGAUGACGCAGCGUCGAGUUCUUCCCUCUCCGAUCUCGGCGAUGAUAUUGAAGACGAGGAAAACAGGAUGAGGUUCGAAGAGGCUGCUCGCGCUGGUGCUGAGGCCGAACAGUUCUCAGAAGUGAAGCCAGAUCGAUACGAAAAUGGAGUUCCGAUCUUCACGCCGACCAUGGAACAAUUCAAAGACUUCAACAGAUACGUCAAGGGCGUCGAUCCCUAUGGCAUGCAGUCUGGGAUUGUGUUGAUCGACCCUCCCGAAGAAUGGAAACAAGCACGCAAAGCCUUGGACGACUUGGUCAAGACUAUCAAGAUCAAAAAUCCCCUCACCCAAGAAUUCCACGGCGCCCAAGGCGUCUACACUCAACGCAAUAUGGAAAAGAUGCGAUCCUACAAUCUCCCGCAGUGGAAGGCUCUAUGCGAACAGACAGAAAAUCAACCUCCUGCAAGACGUGGGGAGAAGAGAUUGAACGCAGACAGACUACUUGGCAGAGGAACAACCAAAUCGAGGAAGUCCGAAGCCUCACCUAUCCCUGAAACCGGUAGGAGAAGUGUCGGGCGGCCACGAACAAGACCGAUCAAGGAGGAGGCUUCCGACCAUGGCUCGACACUUCUUGCCCCGCCAACACCUACAAGUCCAGAAGUCAAGCCUGCCACACUCGAACACGGGAACGGAGAUGAUGCCGUCCAUGAGACCCCCGAGCCUACACCCACCAAAGAGAAACGAGGACGAAAGCCUGGAAGAUCCCGGGGUCGGCAGCCAAAAGCUGCGGUCAGAAGAGAGACUGGCGGUGCUGCGGCUGAAACCACCGUGGCAGCUCGCAGGCUGAGAAAUGCUCGAGAAGCCAAUGAUGAUAUCGAUCAGGAGGCAUUCGAAGAUUUUGAUUAUCGUGUCUACGACAACGAGCAAUGGACGGCCGAACGCUGCGAAGAGUUGGAAGACAAAUACUGGAAAAGUCUCAACUUCAGCAAUCCCAUGUAUGCCGCAGACAUGCCUGGGUCACUGUUUGACGCUGAUACCCAAGCGUGGAACGUCGCCCAUCUGCCAAACCUGCUGGAUCUCCUUGGAGACAAGAUCCCCGGUGUGAAUACCGCCUACCUAUACCUCGGGAUGUGGCGUGCAACGUUCGCCUGGCAUUUGGAAGACGUCGAUCUUUACAGUAUCAACUACAUCCACUUUGGGGCUCCCAAGCAGUGGUACAGUGUCUCCCAAAAAGACGCCCCAAAGUUUGAGGCUGCGAUGAAGUCGAUUUGGGGCUCGGAUGCCAAAAACUGCGAUCAAUUUCUAAGGCACAAGACCUAUCUCGUCUCGCCAGCAAUCUUGAAGUCCAAAUUUGGUGUCACGGUCAACAAAGUUGUCCACCGAGAAGGCCAAUUUGUCAUCACAUUCCCCAUUGGAUAUCACUCGGGUUAUAACUUGGGUUAUAACUGUGCCGAGUCUGUAAACUUCGCCAUCGAAAACUGGCUCCAGUAUGGCAAAACCGCGCGAAAAUGUCAAUGCGAAGCUGACAGCGUCUUCAUUGAUGUCGAUUGGUUCGUACGCAAGAUGAAUGGGGAACCGACGCCGGAGUAUGAGGAAGUCGAAGUCACGGAUGAUGAGGAUGAACUUGAAGAACCCAUCGAUUUCCCUACACCGCCCAGCAGUGAUCGUGGCAAAGUCAAAGGUGCUCAGAAGCGAAAACGUCCCCCCAAGGAACUGGGUCCGAACAAGAAGGCCAAGAAGAUCAUCAAGGUCCGAAAGGUCAGCAAGAAUCAGCCCUGUUGUUUGUGUCCCAAUGACUUUGCCUGGGAAGAAUUACUUCCCACUACGCAAGGUCAAAAGGCUCACAGAACUUGUGCGAUGUACACGCCAGAAACGUACAUUGCAAAUAGCGAUGGCAAAGAAAUGGUGCACAAUAUUGAAAACAUCAGCAAAGCACGGUUGGAGCUCAAGUGCUACGAAUGCCGGCAGAAGAAGGGGUCCUGCUUCCAGUGCUCUUCGGCCAAAUGCACCAAAGCCUAUCACGCUACUUGCGCAAUGCAAGCUGGAGUUCAAGUUGACAAGGGUCCGAUCGCGGUCUGGCAUGAAGGUGUCGAAUAUCGCGACAUUGGGUUUGACUGGAGAUGUCGCCUGCACCGAACCGUCAAGCGGACGCGGAUCACUAGUGAACUUUCCGCCUGUAACCACGCCAACAGCUGUUGGCGCAACAAGGAGUUUCGAGAAUUUCUAUUCAGCCUUAAGCCUGGUGCGCUGGUUCAAUUCCAAGCGACAAAUGCGGAUGACAUCGAAGCUGGCCUCGUGGUUGCUAGAUACGAUGAGGGUCAGGAUUCACUUCUGGUGAAGAUUAUUCCGGACAUGAAAACCAUCAGGGAAGUGGAUCCCACGACGAUUCUUUUCGUUGAUAGUGCGACAUCCUGUCUGCAAAACCCAUCGGCCAAUGCUCUGGAACUUCCAGAGGAGCUUCAAGGGAAGACUGCAUCAUUGCCAGAAUCGACCGAGAAGAAGCCAAGUGCGGGCGAUCCUUUCACAGAGGAACCGCCGACCGAAUGGGCUGAAUUUGCGUCGACCGUGCCUCCUGUAAAUGCAGCUCAAAAGCCCGUGAACUUUUUGCAGGAGAAACAGAUGUGGCUUUAUAUCGGCGAAACGUCAUCGGAAGCCAAGGCGCACUACACGGCGGAUCCCGGUAAGCGUAUCCACGACUCUGCAUCGAACUUCCUGGAAACCGUCACACCGCCGAAACCUGUAAUGCCACCUCCUCCCCAACCAAAACGUCACUCAUUAGCCGCGUCCUAUCCAAUGCUAAAUGUUGCUGCCCGCAAUGCUGCUACGGUCAAUAUGAGACAGCAGCAUGCGGUCAGCCAAAAUCAAAAUGGAUCCUCACUGCCGGGCACUUUCAACGGGACAACGCACGAUCUUACCAAGAACACUAGUCUGGAAAAAUUUGCCAACCUCCAGAAACCGGCACAAAUCAAGAAUUCACAGUACCGUGAUAUGAUUGCCGGUCAAGAGGCACGCAUCAACGAGCAAACCCGGAUUCUCCAGCGACAAGCAGCGAAAGCUCAACAACUCGACGCGGCCGAUCGGGCCAGCGCGCUUAGUCAUACUGGAAUCGGCAUUGACCAUGAUGCCGUGCAACGACAGCGACAAUUCCAGAGUCAAGCUUCUCAGCAUGCAAAACAUAUGACUGAAUGGUCAAAUGACCCGUCGCUUCCGCCGCUGAAACAGUACAAUGAACCUUUCCCGAGCUUCCAGAAUGGUGACAGCGCCAGCCGGUAUGGAGGAAAUUCCAUAAUGAAUUCAAGAAUGCGACCGCAGCAGUACAAUUAUAGCAAUGAUUGGAUGAACCCAAGUCUAGCCAAUGGAGGGCCAAGUUUUGCAUCUCCGCAGAACUCCGGCAUGAACUCGAUGCUCCCUGUCUUUGGCCCUCAACCGUCGCCAUCCGCAGCGAACCCUACUUUCCCAUCAUAUGUCCAGCAGUCGCACAUGCAAUUCCCAUAUCAGAACAAUGGGAUGAACUCCUCAGGUCGAGGAGGCUCGACGUCUACCUACCCUAGCCAUGGAUCAUCGUUGGAUAACAUCCGAGCUGCUGCCAGCCAACCACCAGCACCACCCCCAUCUGCCGAGGUAGAGCGACAACGGCGAAUUUCCAAUCCUGCGUAUCCUUUCAAAAGCCCAGAUCAGAUCAAAGCUCAAAAGGAAGCAGGAAAGAACACUCCACCUGGAAGCAGACCAACAAGUUCAUACACGAUGCCGCCAAGUCCCCGCGUCCAGCAUGACUUUUCGCUUCAGACAAGUGCAGCUGCCAGUCCUAUUCAGCCCUUAGACCCUCAUAAUCCACCUCAAUUCAUCAACCCCAAUGCCACCCAGAUCAGUCCUCCUGGAUCAAGUGCCGGACACAGAUCUGCCCGAGGGAGCUUCUCGGGACUGGGUUUACAUUCGUCCAUGGCUCCACCCCUUCAAUCUGGUCUUAGGAGAUCACAAUCCAUGUCUAUGGCUAUGGAUAUGGACCUUGAUCUGGCGCCAUUUCCCGCGAACUCGAUCCCGUUGGCCAACUACAUCCCGAAGCGAUCGAUGUAUGAUCCACUCAAUAGCGGAGCCAAUCCUUUCAACCAGCAAAAGCAAUCACAAGUGGUAGAACCACCCAUGGCACAGCCGUCUCAUUCCCUUACCCGGAGCCUGGAAAAGCGACCCCUAGGAUCGAACGGACUGAUGCUUAAUGAUCGACCCGCACCUAAGCAAUUGGUUGAUUGGCAGGAACGUGGUGGCUUUUGGGGUCGGGUGUCGAGAUAUUACAUCAACAAACAUCAAAUCGCGACAACGGUGUACAAGUCGCCCUUUGUGAGCACAGGUGUCUUUGGACAACCUACCGCAACCUUGGCUGAGAGGUAUUAUCAGAACCUUGAACCAGACCAGAAAGGGAAAAUUGAUGAGGCACGGACUGUCCCAAUGGAGCAAUAA